AUGCAGCGCUCUAAUUCGAGCGGAGGGCCCCGAGAUUACAUGUUUUCUCACCGUUUUAUCUUGUUUCUGUGUCAACAGGAGACUGAGAAGUUGGAGGAGGAGAAAUCCGACCUGCAGAAAGAGAUCGAGAACCUACAGAAGGAGAAGGACAAGCUGGAGUUCAUGCUGGUCGCCCACAAUCCAGUGUGUAAGCUGCCCGUUGAGGAUCGCCAACAGUCGUCGGGGCAUCAGCACCAGCAGCAGCACCAGCAUCAGCAGCAGCAGUGCGCCCCUCUCCCCCUGACCAUGCGCCCCAACAUGGUGCCCCGCAGUCAGAUCAACCAGGUGGUGGUGAAACAGGAGCCUGAUGAAGAUGUGGGAGACCUGGGCAAGCUUCAGCGCUCCGUCAUCAAGCCUAUCUGCCUGGGUGGCGGCGGUGUCGUCAGCGGCGGGAUGUACUGCACAGAUGGAGACAGCCUGAACACGCCGGUGGUGGCGGCCUCCACCCCUGCUGCCACGCCCAACGCCCCGAGUCUCAUAUUCACCUACCCGAGCAUGCUGGAGCCCGAUAGCCCGUCGUCCUCCUCCGAGUCCUGCUCCAAGGCCCACCGGCGCAGCAGCAGCAGCGGCGACCAGUCCUCAGACUCCCUCAACUCGCCCACCCUGCUGGCGCUCUGAGCGAGGCCAUCAGCUUGGCACAGCUGAGAAACAAACACUGUGGCUGAGGGCGAGCAUGAGCACCGACUGCACGCCCCCUCCCCUCUCUCCAGUGUCUUUUAAUGAAGACCCAAGAGCACAUUGAAAAGUCCAGACCAAGCUGACCAUGUGAGCCGUUUCCCCUCCGCAGGGAGACCCACAAGGGCUACGCCACGUGUUUCCUCUUGUUCUGCUUCAGUGUAAAAAAAUUUAAUUCUAUUUGUAAAAGUGCGUGCACCAAACCUAAAGAGAGUCAUCCCUUUGCCAUUUCAACUCGAGUGUCAACUUGUUUACUGGGCAGACAAUCCUGAAGAGAGACUCGCCUCCAUGUGGCAACCGUGAGUUGACGUGACUAAAACUAGAGAGUGUGUUCUUACCUGAUAUAUAUAUUUUUGGAACCUGUUGAAAAAGCCAUGUGGACACUUGCACUCUGCCAAGACGAAUCAAUAAAUCACUUCUACGAGGUCAGCGUCUUACUGGCACUUCUUAGGAGAAAAAGAGACAAGGAGCAAAGACUUCCUCGUCUUUUUUUGUUCUCGUCUCUGGACCUCGCUUCUGGAAUCGCUACCGAGAGUGUUCGCACAUUUCCGGCGUGAUCUCCAUCUCUUUAAUUGUAUUUAUGGACUGUGCCGAUUCCGUUUUGCAAAGUGAUUUGUUGAGACACUGCCCCUCUCCUUAAUCCGCCUGUAGAAAAAGCAAAGUCGUCAUCUGCAGGGUGACUCGAGCACUCCUCCGUGUUGCAAACGAUAUGAGCCAACUCUCAAUCAAUGACUAGUUCCUCAAUACUCUAUACCUUCUAUUUUUGCCAUAGUGGCUUGACUUUAUAGUAGUAUUGUUGUGCUUUUCCUCAGUGGUUCUGUACCUGAACUUUACAACCUGUUUAUGACAAAGUGUAUGUGAUUUACAUUGAUGUCAGGGAUCAUUUCUCUGGUGUAGUAGAACCCCGUCGCGAGGAGCGUGGCAGGACUGGCGGCUGCUGAAUGGUCGAGCCGGAGUGUUGCAGAGUUGGUACUUUAUGUGCAGGGGGCGACAAACUUCAUCGCUUCAUUGUGACACAACAGAACCGAACAGAACCCUCCUCCUCAAGAGUCUGUUGUUUGUCUCCUAUAUUCUCUAAAUAAGUUCUUUUUUUUUCUCAACACUGCCGCUGCAGCAGGUCAGGUUUCAAAAAGCCAAAAAAGGUUUGUGAUUCAUCCGUGUUUGUCUCAAAGGAGGAAUUUUUGCUAAAAUUUAAAAAGAAAAAGAAAAAGCCACUGUGGUCUAGACUGUCGCCAGCUGCCAAUGAUGUCAACCCUGUUUAUACUGUGUUUGUAAAUCUGUCACUUUUAGUAAAGAAACGAUGUUUGAAUUCAAAUCAGAUGUGCGCAUUUAUGGGUGUGUAUGAAUAUAGGCCGACACAGAGGUACUCGGUGAGUUGGCUUCGAACGAGGGCCGGACACGGUUCACUUUUUUGAGGAAGAAAUCAGAAGAACUCUCUCCCCAGCUGGCCUGACAUGAAAGAGGAGACAUCUUGACAAGACGUAAUAUUUCCGAAGUUCUACGAAGCACUUCUUUUUCAUUUUUUUUUUACAUGUGUGUAUCUUAAAGGGAUGAGGGAUUUUAAAUAGCGUGCACUGAGAAGGACACAACAGCGAUAUUUGGGAUUUUUUAAAUGUUUACUUCAAACAUUCCUAAUGAAUAUAAAUUGUCAGGGGUGAAAGUGGGGGGUGUCAUCUUUGUUCGAACCCUUUCUGUUAUCAGAGGAGGAGGAGGUGUGGUUUGUUGCGCUGGAUGCAGAAAAACAGACUUUUGAAAUUCAAUAUUCGAGCUGCUGCUACUUGUUUGGAAAAAAACAUGUCGGCUAUUUAUAUUUCACUGAUGUUGGGUUUAUCAUCACCGGCUGUGAUAUCGUGUGAUGCAGCAGGACGUCUGGGAUCCUGUGGAGGUGAAACGAAAACCAAAAACACUUAACUGUGGGCGAGUCUGAUGCGUCUCUAUGUUGAAACAUUCUGAAGCCCCUCGACACACAUAGGAAAGCCAUUGACUGUAGAUCUUCUACUGUACAUGUCAUCUACUGUCUGUCGUCUGUUUUCAGCUUCUAUUUCUUCUUUUCCAAAUGCUUUAACUGUUGAAAAUGAUUCAAAAUUAAUAAAAAAACAGCAAUAUGUAUAGCAGUGUUUGUUAAUUUAAAUGAAUAAUAAUAAUAAUAAAAUGAUUUUCAACUUGGAA